AUGGAUGGAUCAACCAUGAGCACCAGUUUCUCUGGCAUUGAGACCCCAGCAACUUGUUUGAUGAUGUUGGGGUAUACGUUUUGCCAUGAGCUUGGCAUACCUCUAGACAAUGCGCCUCACAUGACCCACAAGUACGCCAUUGAGUGGAACAGUCAAGCUCGUGGGGAGAUUUUGAAACAUCCCAGUCCGCCAGAGCACUUGUUUGGAGAUAUCGAAGAUUUCUGGGAUGAAUCUGUUCGUGCAAAGCUACCAGCAUUGAAGGAUAACAACUUGAUUCAAGAUGUUUUGGUUCCUCUGGUCAAGAACACAAAGUGCACAAAGAGCCGAGCAUGGUGCUACAAGCACAAUGCAUUUUGCGAGGCGGGGCAGGGGUUGCAGAAUCUUCAGAAGCCCGAUCCAACAGCCAACACCAACACCGCAUCACCAGUGGACACUCUUUAUGGAGCUAAAUCUUUGGCUGAGCGCUUUGGGAAGUUGGAAGGACGUCAGCUUCUUGAUUCAGUCUUUGAACGCUAUCAGGCACCUGAUUGCGCUCAUGGCCUUGCAACCGUUCCGUGGUACCUCCCGGACGGGAAACGUGGAAUCGUUCGCCACCCUCUCAACGAUCGAAAGCAUGACUCGGUCAAGCUGCGGUACAAGCAGGGCAUUCUGCAGCACGGUAUCAUGCCCAGCGGCCCCGGUCAGCCGUAUUUGGCAGUGACUUACGGGACAUUGUCAGAAAGUUUCUACGAAGCCGAUUAUGCCAACCCGGACAACCCACAGGUAGUGAGCACCCGACUUGCUGGGUUGAAGUGUCGUCUUUUUGACACGCGUACGCCCAAUGAUGUGAUACAGUAUUUGAAAGAUGUCAACAACCAGUUUCAUCAGGGCGCUGCGAUCAGCUUCUACGAACUGGUCACCGGCGUGCAAUCUGUCGACGAAGCCUGGCGGAGCUAUGCUGAUCGCAAUAUGAUUACAAGCCGCAAUGUCAGCAGCUAUCAUGAAGCCUUUCUCCAAUGGCUACGUGAUAGCGAAUUUAAGGACUUGGGGAUUGGGGUUGGUGACUCUCUCAUGGUAACCCAUGGUAUCACAUCAUGA